AUGUUUGGCAACCAGACGCUCGCUCAUGUUGGCGGUUACCUUCAUCGCCGACCGAGAGUGGUGGGAGCUUUGUUUGUUGCUACUUCAUUUGCACUUUAUUACUUCUUCAUCCUAAAUGGCGCUGGCGAUGCCAUCUUGGAAGCCAUCUACGAGUCAGGCACAACUAAUCCAUCCAUUACUUCUAUUCUCAGAACGUCGAACGAGUAUCGCAGAAACCCCAUCGAGCCUCCUUUCAAAGAUCAGUUUUGGGAAGUCGGACAGCGGUCGAGGAAUUUGAGCCAAUGGAUUACCAUUCUGGAUAGCCAAUGGGGAUCUAAACUACCCAAGGAUGAUAGACAUUUGCUCGUCAACGCUAUUGAAGAGACUGCCAUCUCUCUCUUCCCUUUUCUUCGACCACCGGACACGAAACAAGACAACACGGCGCCACUGAGUGUCUUACGGGAAUCCUUGACCAAAGGCUCAAGGGGGAUUGUAAUCUCCGCUGGAGGAAGUGAUUCAUCAGUGAGGUUUGCAGGACACUUGAUUGCUUCUAUCAGAGACGUCCUUGGCUGCACACUGCCUAUCCAAGUUGUCUAUGCCGGGGAAAACGACCUGCCGAAGCACCGCCGCGACGCCCUCUCAUCACUCGAUAAAACGCACAACACAGAGUUUUUGGAUGUGUGGACCGUUUUUGAUGAUGCUGCGUUGCAGCUGCGAAGGGGGGGCUGGGCCAUUAAGCCAUUUGCAGCUCUGGCAUCCAGAUUCGAACAGGUCAUUGUGCUCGAUGCCGAUGCCGUGUUUCUACAGUCUCCCGAUGUGCUCUUUGAACAGCAUGCCUACGUCGAUAACGGAGCCUACUUAUUUCACGACCGGCUGCUGUGGCAGCAUGCAUUCCAAGACAGACACCAGUGGUGGAAAGAGCAGAUCAAGGAACCAUCGCCGGCGAUGAAUAAAUCUCUAGUCUGGAUAGAAGACUACGCAGAAGAAUGCGACUCUGGAGUUGUCGUUCUCAACAAGUCCCGGCCCGAGGUUCUGGUGGGUUUGCUGCACAUAGCUUGGCAAAACACGUACGAUGUCCGGGAGGAAGUCUCAUACAAGAUUACGUAUGGAGAUAAAGAGACGUGGUGGCUUGGGCUGGAGCUUGCUGGAUCAAGCUAUGAAUUCGAGAAGCACUACGGAUCGAUUGUUGGAUGGGCAAAGGAGGACGACAUGGAGAACAAGACUGUGUGUAGCUUUGUCAUUGCUCAUCCGGACGAAGAGGACAAGCUGCUCUGGUAUAAUGGCAGUCUGCUCAAGAACAAGCUGGCAGAUCCGCACAACUAUGAAGUUCCGAUAUUUUGGAUGAUGGACGGGAAAUGGGAAAAGGGUGGGAAGAAGGACAUGAGCUGCAUGGUGGAUGAAAGGGCUUGGUGGCUGAGUGGUGAUGAGAUUUCGGUAUUACAGCACAGCAUUGAACUUGCCGUCCAAGUCGACGAGCUUUUAGGGCUGAACGAGCAGAAUUAA